UAUUACUUGAACCAUCCAACGAGCAGCACACGUUCAUCACGCGCCUCCAUUUGAACAAUUUCGCGUCAUCGUGGGAAUCCUACCUUCCAAACUAGGUUCAUUUUUUUGAUACGUACGGUACUCGCUCACACUCCAUAUGGCACUUCGAGCGAUCACAACGGCUCGCGCAUUCCGCCACUUGCUACGCGGUAGUGCAUCCGUUAUCAACUCGGAAUCGUAUCUUGUUGCUGCAUCAUCGUAUGGUCAACACUUUCGUACGAUUCACCGAGGGCCACACUCGCGAAAGGCGGUCAGUGCCAGUGAGCCUUUGACGGUGGAAUCGGGUGCUGUUGUUUCACCGAUAAAGUCGGCUUAUCAGCUCGCCAUAGGACGUCAUCAGCUGGUGGUGGAAUUAGUGAACGGUCAGCGGUUCGAGUUCCCACUAGUUUGGCUGCGAGAUAAUUGCCGGUGUUCGGAGUGUUUUCAUCCGGGAUCGCACAGCCGAAUUUUGAACUGGGAGUUGUUCGAUGUCGACGGAGUGCAGUUGAAGGAAUGUGCAGUGGCUGAAGAUGGAAGCCAGGUGCAGAUUGUGUGGAGUGAUGGGCAUAGAUCUGAGUUCACCGGCGAGUGGCUGGUUGAGAGGAACUUUACGCAGGAAAAUUGCAGCGAAUAUUUGGAAGAGUGGUACAGACCGACGCCUCGGUUGUGGGGAAAGAAAAAGUUUAGUGAGAUUCUGAAGAAUUUUGAAUUCCGAGAUGUGAUCACAGAGGACGAAGCUUUGCGGGGGUGGAUCGAAGCGUUGAUACGGUAUGGCAUUGUCAUGAUCAAGAACACACCGUUGACGGAGCAGGAGUGCCGCAGGUUGGCGGACCGCGUCGGAUUCAUUCGGAAAACGCACUAUGGAGAGGAGUUCAUCGUCAAAGCCAAGGAGGGCACCAGCAACGUGGCCUACCUGUCCACUCCGCUGCAGAUGCACACCGAUCUGCCGUACUACGACUACAAACCGGGCUGCAAUCUGCUCCACUGUCUGGUACAAUCCCAAUCCCAGGGGGGACAGAACCUCAUCUCGGAUGCCUUCUACGUGGCGGAUCUGAUGCGCCGGGAGCACCCGGAGGAUUUUGCCAUUUUGAGUGAAACGUUGAUCAACUGGACGGAUAUUGGCGAGGAUGAAGGCGGGCGGUUUCACAGCAUCUACCGGGCGCCGGUUAUUUGCAUUGGCCGCGAUGGCAAGCUCGAGCGGAUCAACCACAGCGUUCCACAACGGGAUAGCUUCUUCAACGUGCCAUUGGAUCGCGUGCAACCCUGGUACCGUGCCAUGGCUCGCUUCGUGAAGUUGAUUCACCAGGAAGCGGUGGAGUUUAAAACCGCUCCGGGCGACACUCUUACCUUCAGCAAUGUCCGGAUGGUGCACGGUCGCACCGGUUAUAGCGAUACGGAUGUCAAUAUGCGUCAUAUCGUCGGCGCCUACCUGGAUUGGGACGAGAUCUACUCCAAGCUGAGGGUCUUGAAAAGUCUUGAUGCUGCGAAGAAUGGAGAUGUGAAAUUGAAUUGAGAUGCUGAGGACAGGGGGUUUUAAAUUUUCAAGCGAAUUUAUUCCUUACUCUCGUUUACUCGACACAGAGAACAUACAUUUAUGUUAGGUUUUAACCGUGGAAGAAACUAGUUACUUGUUUGAUUUUCGUAAAUAAUUUGCACACAUAGUAAAAGUAGAGCGAAAGGAGACACAGAUUUUACAUAACAGUUCUGAUUAUAAUAAUUAUCCUCUAAAAGAAACGAUUUACGUGUAUUUUAAAAUUCGCAAUAAAAUCACAAUACUUUUUUGAUUUCUCCCACAUUUCUCCUUGUCCGCGGCUAAUCUUGUUUGAAAAUUGCAUCCUAAUUUAAAAAAAAAAAUAUACACAGUUGUAAGGUCUCUUUCUAACUAUUGAGGCUAAAUAAUAAGGAAACUAAGAAACGAUAAACAUAGGGAGUAGGUUGCGGAUAUGAUUAUAUAUUUUGAUUGCAGUUUCUAGCGGACGAACGCGAGCGAAGGAGGAAAGAAAAGUUUCCCACCCCCGCCAGCGUGGAUAAAAUAUAAUGGGCAAACUGUAUAUAAAUUGUUAAGUAAUCGUUUAAGCACCUAGUUGCAAUACGUUUUGCUUAUUAACAAAGUGAUAAUGUAAAACUAAUCGACGCAUUGACUUACGAUUUAGUUGAAACGAGCUCUUGUUGACGUUAAGUGGGUUUUAAAACAAACGUGAACUUACUUUGAGAGGUGUUUAUUUUAAAAAGGAGGGGGGGGGGGUUGUUGAGAAAGAAUUGGUUACAUAAAUUUAACGAAUCACAAAACCUACACUACACACCCGUCAACCAAAUUUCGAACAUUUGGUUUCUGGUGAGACACGUUUUAAAUACACGGUUAAUGAGGGUUUUAAGGUGUUUUCAAGUAGAGCCCUUUUUCUUACCACACUUUGCAAUUUCGAGAGCACAAAUCUCAAGAUUUACGAUGUUUAUAAAUCUAUAAAGUUCAGUUUUUGCUUGCUGCUCCGCAGCUGACAACAAGUAAGCAAUAGUUUUAGCCACUAAAAGACCUUACUAUUUUGACUUGUGACAUUGCGAAGUGUAAGGUGAAAAAGAACGCUACAAGGAAUCACCUUAACAUAAUAAGGCACUGCACACUGAACAAAAAAUAAGAAAUUACAACAAAAAAGAAAAAAAAAAAAUGAAGAAGGGGAAAAAGGGAAAACCGUAGACCAAUUCAUACAAAGGAAAGCGGUGCAAAAUGGAAAGAGAUCACACAAAACAAAACAAAGAAAAAACAAU